AUACAUAAGUUCCAGAGUCACUGAGUCUGCUCAUAAUUUGCUCAGGGUCUUCAGGCUGAUUUCAGAAGCAUCUGCAAGUUUGAGUGUCUUCUCUGGACGUCUUCACACACCACAAUGUUAAAGCUCCUGUUCUUGGCUGCGCUCUGUGCCAGCUGCAUGGCAAGACCUGGCGUGAUGCAUUACUCAUUCGAUCCUGCAGUUGGAACUGGUAGUGGUACGUCCUUUUCCUCUGCAGGGUCAGGGGGAAGGAUCACAGCAGUCAGGGUUUGGGAGGCCACCAAUGCUUACAUCACUGGUAUCCAGGUACGAUAUGAUUACAUCUGGUCUAGAGUUUUUGGACGUGUUUACAGCACUGUGCAUGAGCUGAAUCUGUUUGAUGGAGAGGUCAUAGUUCAGGUCUCUGGAAAAUACCACACCAAUUACAUUUAUCAGCUGACAUUUGUGACCUCUAGAGGGCGCUCGAUGAUGGUUGGCCAACCAUACCAGCGCUCAUUUAAUUUCUACACACGGUACGAAGAUGCAGAGCUCAUACUCCUGAGUGGGCGCUACAAUAGUGCUGGAAUUACUUCACUGGCAGCUCACUGGGGAGUUGUCCCCCAGAACACCACUGACACCACAAGCAUAUUCCAGACGUGUCUUCUCUGGACGUCCUCACGCACCACAAUGUUAAAGCUCCUGUUCUUGGCUGCGCUCUGUGCCAGCUGCAUGGCAAGACCUGGCGUGAUGCAUUACUCAUUCGAUCCUGCAGUUGGACCUGGUAGUGGUACGUCCUUUUCCUCUGCAGGGUCAGGGGGAAGGAUCACAGCAGUCAGGGUUUGGGAGGCCGCCAAUGCUUACAUCACUGGUAUCCAGGUACGAUAUGAUUACAUCUGGUCUAGAGUUUUUGGACGUGUUUACAGCACUGUGCAUGAGCUGAAUCUGUUUGAUGGAGAGGUCAUAGUUCAGGUCUCUGGAAAAUACCACACCAAUUACAUUUAUCAGCUGACAUUUGUGACCUCUAGAGGGCGCUCGAUGAUGGUUGGCCAACCAUACCAGCGCUCAUUUAAUUUCUACACACAGUACGAAGAUGCAGAGCUCAUACUCCUGAGUGGGCGCUACAAUAGUGCUGGGAUUACUUCACUGGCAGCUCACUGGGGAGUUGUCCCCCAGAACACCACUGACAAUGCCGAAUAAUAAUAAUCAACUGGCAAACAAAACGGUGAUAAAUGGUGAUUCAGUAACCAAAACCUGAUUACCUAUAAAUAUGUUUCAAACAUGUGAUUACACAUCACCAGCAUUUUUAAAUGUCAAUGGAACAAUGUGAGAUUGACAAUAAUAAAUAUUAUUAUUUUAACUACUGUCAGUAAACAAAUUAGUAUGAAAAGUGAACACCGCAUCCCUGAUGGAAACAAACCAGUGAUGGAUCUUGGUUUCAAUCAAAAUUGCAUGUUUGUUUUUUUGGUGUUUUUUUUUUUUUUUGUGGAAACAGUAUUGUAAUGUUUAUUUUUAUUAUUCUUUCACUCACUGGUCAUUAUUCAGAUGUUUAGUCUGCAUCUUAUUGUAUGGUGGGUUUUUUUUGCAACACAUAAAAAUAAAGUUAAGAAAACCGAA